CUGCGGCUUCCCUCUUCCGCUUGGUCCUCCCCCUCCGCGGCCGGGUCGGAUCUCGGGAAGGGCGCCGGGGGCUUCUGUUCCUGUGGCCUCGCCGUCUGCGGGGCGUGUGUGGCGGUGCGGGGCGGGCGACGCCCGCUGAUGCCCGCGUCGGGCCCCGGCGGCGAUCACCUGGGCUCCUCCCGCCGGUGACCCGCUUGGCCGCAGAGCCGAUGGUCAGCCGAUGGUCAGCCUCAGUCCUGAGCGGCUUUCGAAAAGGCGGGGUGGUUCCCAGGGCUUGAAGACAGACCAUGGCCGCGAACGCCGCCUCACGGAGUAGGCCCUGGGGAUGUGUUUCUGAUCCUCUGAAUAUCAGCCAUGCUGUCAGACUGCUUGCAAAACUUCCUGAAGCUUCCAAGCCCUCGCCUUCUGUAUUCAAGAUCAUGCCAGUGGGUCAGAAGCAAAAGGAGGUUUUUUGGAACUGUGCCGACACCCAGGUUGCCAAGGCGGGUUGUCGUGACAGGCAUUGGCUUGGUGACCCCUCUGGGUGUUGGAACUCAGCUGGUGUGGGACCGGCUUCUCCGAGGAGAGAGUGGAAUUGUUUCGCUGGCUGGUGAGGAGUAUAAGAGUAUCCCUUGCAGUGUCGCUGCUUUUGUGCCAAGAGGUUGUGAUGAAGGCGAGUUCAAUGAGGAGACCUUUGUGUCCAAAUCAGACAUGAAGGCCAUGUCUUCUCCCACUGUCAUGGCCAUUGGGGCAGCAGAGUUAGCCUUGAGAGAUUCCGACUGGCAGCCUCAGUCGGAAGCUGACCGAGUGGCUACGGGUGUUGCCAUUGGAAUGGGAAUGGUUCCUCUUGAAGUUGUUUCUGAAACAGCUUUGAUGUUCCAGACAAAAGGUUACAAUAAAGUCAGCCCAUUUUUUGUCCCUAAGAUUUUGAUCAACAUGGCAGCAGGCCAGGUCAGCAUUCGAUAUAAACUCAAGGGCCCCAAUCAUGCAGUAUCUACAGCCUGUACCACGGGAGCUCAUGCCAUAGGUGACUCUUAUAGAUUGAUAGCCCAUGGUGAUGCCGAUGUGAUGGUGGCUGGAGGUACAGAUUCCUGCAUUAGCCCAUUAUCUCUUGCUGGGUUUGCCAGAGCUCGGGCUCUGAGCACAAACACAGAUCCUAAGUUGGCGUGUCGACCGUUUCAUCCAAAGAGAGAUGGUUUUGUAAUGGGAGAAGGUGCCGCUGUGUUGGUGCUGGAAGAACAUGGUCAUGCCGUUCAAAGAGGGGCCCGGAUCUAUGCGGAAGUUCUGGGCUAUGGACUCUCAGGUGAUGCUGGUCACAUAACUGCACCUGAUCCUGAGGGAGAAGGUGCCUUAAGAUGUAUGACUGCUGCUGUAAAAGAUGCAGGUGUGCAACCUGAAGAAAUAUCCUAUGUCAACGCACAUGCUACUUCCACCCCUUUGGGAGAUGCUGCUGAAAACAAAGCUAUCAAGCAUCUUUUCAAAGGCCAUGCGUACAACCUUGCAGUUUCCUCAACCAAGGGAGCCACAGGACAUCUGCUGGGAGCUGCAGGGGCGGUUGAAGCAGCUUUCACCACACUAGCUUGUUAUUAUCGAAAACUACCACCUACUUUAAACCUGGAUUGUACAGAACCAGAAUUUGAUCUUAAUUAUGUUCCACUGAAGGCACAGGAAUGGAAAACUGAGAACAGACUUAUUGGACUCACCAAUUCCUUUGGUUUUGGUGGUACUAAUGCAACGCUUUGUAUUGCUGGCAUGUAGGACAAAUCAUUUGUAAUUAAACAUUGAUUUUUAAAAAAAUGCUGUAAGAGAAGAAAUAAUAUGUAUAUAUGUAUGUGUUUUUGUAUCAAUAACCAGAUACCCCUUUUUGGUA